AGAGGUCUCCGUGUUAUAGAGCCUGGGCCUCGUGCUAAUGGUUUGGGAAAUUGGAUCUCUUAGCCUUAACUCCUGCUCACAAGCACCAUGUUCUGGAGACUGGGAAGCCCAAGAUCAUGGUGCUGCUGGAACAUUCAGUGUCUCGUGGAGAGCCCACUUCCUGGUUCAUAGCUCUCGAACAUCUUCAAAUAAAGAAGUGGUUAUAAAGAAUGAUCAACAGAAUAAUGGAGAUAUUAAACCAAUCAAGAAUUUCACAAUACCAAUCACACAGGCCCUCCACUACAAUCUGAGCAGACAAGAGCAUUUAGAAAAAGAACCUUGGAAUGCAUUCAGCCGUCAUAGCCCUAUUAAUGUCUCCAUGGAUGGAAUUCCCUGUAUUCUCUUCUGGGCCAAAAGGAUAACAAUUAAAUUUAAGAACCAGACCUGGCUGGACCUUACAGAUGCAGCAUAUGGCCAGAAGGCAACAGUGGAGCCUCACAACUCAAAUUGCAGUGAAGAAAGUGCUAUGUUGUCUCUGAAGUUUGGUGAUGCCGAAAAUCCCAAAGUCCUUGGUAUAAGAUUCACCCUUACCAAUUACAACAAGUUGUCCAUGCAGAGCUGGUUUAGUCUGCACCAAGUCGAGAUUAUUUCUAAUAAUUCAAUCCAAGCAAUUUUUAAUGCAACUGGCGUCUAUGCUCCAUCAAGUCACUCUUACCACUGCCAGCAUGUCAGCAGCGGGCGGCAGUAUGAUGCCCUCUUGCUGCCCAGUGACACGGAUGAUAUGUCAAGCCUGUGGGAGGUCACUUUUGUUGAUUUCCAGAUCCAAGGCUUUCCCAUCCAGGGCUGACGCUUCGCCAAGGCCCGAGACUGCGCCCCUCCCUUCUCCCAGGCCAUGCUGAUCGGCCUGGCCACAGCCCUGAUCCUGCUGCUGGUCCUGGCCUACACCCUGCACAUGCUCACCUACCUGCGCUACCUGGACCGGCACUAUGACUUCAUUGCCUCUCCGGCCCACUACCCCCAGUCGAAAGCUCGAGACGCAGCAGAGGAGAAGGAGCUGCUGAGUCGCCAGGGAGUUCAAUGCUAUGAACUGAGAAGCCAACUGACCUGCAAAAUGUACGUUUAGCAGCACAGGCCCUGUCUCCCUCACAGAGUCCACAAAGGCCUCUGACAAGGGUUGUUUCUAGUCUGUGCUAUUCGACU